AAGUUGUAUUUACUUUUCUACGUCACCGCGUGUCUGUGUGUCUUCCAUGUGAUGGCGGCUACAGUUGACAAGAAAUCCAGAGAGGAGCACACAAACUGCAAACUUCUGGACUUGUACAAACAGUCUGAUGUAGCCCUCACUACGCCAAUACCAGAACUCACUGAAUUCACUGCCUGUGUGUGGAUCAACUCCAUUGACAACAAGGUAGCAAUAUUCUCCUACGCUAUAAGUGAUACGCAACUCAACGAGAUACUAGCCUGGAGACUUAGUGGCCCCAAACUGCAUAUCAAGGAUGACCUUUUCGGAGCGUCAACAACAUCAGUAAACGAUGGUAAGUGCCAUCAUCUGUGCUUCACCUGGACGUCUACUACUGGUCGCUGGGAGAUAUAUAUUGAUGGUAAUUUGGAUGAUUGGGGCUUCGAAGGACAAGGGGAAACGAUCACGGGAGGUGGUGUUCUCGUACUUGGUCAGCGUCAAGAUCUUUUGAGAGGAGGUUAUCUCCCAGGUCGAGCGUUUGUUGGUUGGAUGACGAAAUUCAACCUGUGGGGAAGCGUUCUCAGCACUAGUCAGAUCAAUGAUGUCAUGAAUGACGAUCCGAAUGCUUUGGUGGCUGAUGUGUAUGCCUGGGAUCUAGACACCCUUGAUAUUAAAGGAACCGUAGAGGUCAGAGAUAUCGAUAUAUGCUCUGGUGGCGCUGUUAGAUGUGAUCCUCACUACACCACAUUGGAUGGUCGCCAUUACAGCCAUCAAGGAAUAUGCUGGUACACUCUGGUAAAGGACUGCUCCAGUGUCAAACCAGAUUUCAAAAUAACUGCUAAAUUCGAGCCUCGAGAAUACGGCACCAAUGAAGAAAUCAAAACCAGGGCCGUUGCUAUUAACAUAACUGUUGGCGAUGAAUAUGUUCACAUAAAUGGACUUGACGUAGUUACAGGAAAUCUUAAUGGAUUGUCUGGGCUAACAAAGAUCGAUGUUUCUCAAGUACACGAAAAGGUGUUAGUGAGUUUCACAUUGAGGAAUACCGUCUUCAAAUUGGAUUGGACUUUGCGGAAACACGUCUUCAACGUUCAUAUUUUUGGUUCAGACUAUCGUGGUAAUCUGUGUGGACUUUUGGGCAAUUAUAACGACAAUAUCCAUGAUGAUUUCCAAAAGCCAGAUGGUACUAUUGCGGAUAAUGCCUUUGAAUUUGGUGAAAGUUGGAAAAUACAAGGCAUUCAGUGCAAUUGAUCGAGUUAUUAAAGUGAUGAAAAUGAUAUUGAGCACUCGUACAGCUGCUUCACAAUUAUCGGUAAUCAUUCUUCGGGUGCAGGAUUAGUUUCAAAAUUGUUCAAUUUUCUUUUGCGGUUACAUCAUUAUAUGGCCUACGUGUAUAACUUGUUAUCAGCUUUUAAGAAAUAUUAAUCAACCACUCCGAAAUACCUUUUGGAUAUGAAUUACUGAGUACGUUUCCAAAUAGCUUUGUUGCCAUGGUAGAGUAGUUGACAGUCGAAAGUUCUCGGCGGCAAUUGGCGUCUAAGGUUUAUUAUUGUAUUGGUGAAGGGGUUAUUUACCAACGUUUCAUUGUAUUUGGUUGUAAUUAAAAAUAUGGAAUGAAAUAAGA